AUGGCUCCCUCGGGCCUAGCAAUCCUCAUGGGCGCCGGCCCGACGACAGCCUCCGGCAUAGCACGCAUUCUGGCACAUCCAUCCCACGGCAACCUUGCUGUCGCUCUGCUCUCACGCAGCGCCGACGCCGGCCUGGCUGAGCGUCUCUCACGCGAGUCGCAAGGGGGCACGCUCCGUGCCUUCAAAACCGACACCACUGAAUCCAGCCUCACAUCCGUCUUUGAGGAGAUCAAAUCAUGGGCCAAAUCCCACCAGCAACAGCUCCCACUCAAACUAGCAAUCUGGAACAUCAAGCACUCGCACAAAGUCCCCUUUGAGGACGAGUCACCCGCCAAAUUCGGCGACAGCCUGCAAACGUACGUCACUGGGGCCAUGGUCUUCAGCCAGCUCUCCCUGAAGUGGAUGUUAGCCCAAAACCCCAACGACACCACAACAAACUCCUCAAGCGGCAGCGACGGCGGCGAAUUCAUGAUCAAAAAGGGCACCAUCAUUUUUACGGGUACAUUGGGCGCGCUACGCACGAAUGCGGGCUACGCAGCAUACGGCGCCGGACGAUCUGGGGUACGAAUGCUUGCACAGAGUCUGGCGCGCGAGUACAGUGCCAAGGGCGUGCAUGUAGUGCACGCCAUCGCCAACGGAAGCAUUGUCGACGUCGACACCACGGCCGAGGAUGCUGAUGUCAAAGAGAAGUUGGCCAAGGUCAAUCUAGGCGAAAAGAUCCGAGCAGAGAGUGUCGGCAAAUUGUAUCUCCAGUGCAUGAAUCAACCGUGCGAUUUGUGGAUUCAUGAAUUUGACAUGAGGCCUGCGAAAGAAAAGUUUUGA